AUGGCCCGGUACGUGGAGAUGCUGGACAUGGGCGUGCGCAUCGCGGCGAGGUUCCACUCCCACUGCCCGCAGACCGCGCGCAUGUACUACAAGCCGCCGCAGUCCGCCUCCUCCUCUUCCUCAUCUGCCGCGGGCGCCUCGACGGAUCGGAAGGCCGCGGGCUUCGACCACGAGGCUGCGGCCACAGCUGCCUUCCGGCCCUUCGCUGCCACGUUGCAACCGGGGUUCGGCGCCGGCGUGCAGCCGUCGGGGUUCGGCUUCGACACCGCCCAGGUCCUCAUCUACGAGGUCGUAUGAAUGAAGAACGGCGACGGCGAGGAGUUAGUUAGUUCUUCAGGAGACAUCUCUUGGAUUGGAUGAGGA